UUAUCUGUCUCUCCCCUUUUCCUCUCCUCUCCGUCUCCAUCAAGCGAUCUCUCUCCCUCUCUCCCUCCCUCUCUCGUCAACAGAGCCAGAAGAAACCUACGAAACAAACCCUAGAGAUUUUUGAGGGAGAGAGAUUGAGAUAUAUAGCCUCUCAAGCACAUCUAGACAUUGAUUCGGGAGAUAAGACAGGAACCAAAAGCUGUAGAACUAUAUGUGAAGAAGAGAACGAGGAUGCGGAAGUGGCUCUGUUGUACAUGUCAAAUCGAAGAUUCGAAUCCGUCCAAUGAGGAGGAACACCUGAAAAGUCCUAGACACCAGCCUGAUGGAUAUCAGAAGAAUCAAAAACCAUCAGCUGUUGCAAAAGCUGAAGUGCCGAACGAAUCUCCUCCCAUUGAGGUUCCUGCCUUGUCUUUGGAUGAGCUGAAGGAAAAGACUGAUAAUUUUGGAUCAAAGGCACUAAUCGGUGAGGGAUCUUACGGAAGAGUUUAUUAUGCAACCCUAAAUGAUGGGAAAGUUGUUGCUCUGAAGAAACUUGAUGUAUCACCAGAAGCUGAAACAGAUGUUGAGUUUUUGAGUCAGGUUUCCAUGGUUUCGAGGCUGAAGCAUGAGAAUCUUAUUCAGCUUCUCGGUUAUUGUGUCGAUGGAAAUCUUCGUGUCCUUGCAUAUGAGUUUGCAACAAUGGGAUCACUGCAUGACAUCUUACAUGGUAGGAAGGGAGUUCAAGGGGCACAGCCAGGGCCAACACUGGACUGGAUGACGAGGGUGAGAAUAGCCGUUGAGGCAGCUAGGGGUUUGGAGUCCCUGCAUGAGAAGGCUCAGCCUUCUGUAAUACAUAGAGAUAUAAGAUCGAGCAAUGUGCUUCUUUUUGAAGACUUUAAAGCGAAGAUCGCUGAUUUUAAUCUCUCAAAUCAAGCUCCUGAUAAUGCUGCCCGUCUUCAUUCUACAAGAGUCUUGGGAACAUUUGGUUAUCAUGCUCCAGAGUAUGCUAUGACUGGACAAUUGACACAGAAGAGUGAUGUGUACAGUUUCGGGGUUGUACUUCUAGAGCUUCUGACAGGGAGAAAACCUGUAGAUCAUACCAUGCCACGUGGCCAGCAAAGUCUCGUAACCUGGGCGACGCCAAGGCUGAGCGAGGAUAAAGUCAAACAGUGUGUUGAUCCAAAGCUAAAAGGAGAAUACCCUCCUAAAGCAGUAGCUAAGCUGGCAGCUGUGGCAGCAUUGUGCGUGCAGUAUGAAGCUGAGUUCAGACCGAAUAUGAGCAUAGUGGUCAAGGCUCUCCAGCCACUUCUCAAACCUCCGGCCCCGGCACCAGAAUCUUGAGUUGGAGUAUGCGUUUUACAUCUCUGCUUUGCCCCAUUUUGAAUGCUUUCCGGCUUCUUCUUCUUCCUCCUUGCAAAAGGGUCGUUGAUUACCACUUGGAUGUCAGAAAUUUACACAGAACCGAGCCAAGGAUGAGGUCAUUGUGUGUAGGGUUUGGGAUUGAGAACUAUUAUAUCAUUUGGUGAAAUGCAACCAUAUACGCGCUUGCAGAGGUUGAUGGGUUCUAUUAUAUGCUGCCAUUCUGUAGUGAUGCUGUGAUCUGUUUGUGUAUGGGAACAGCAUUGAUUUGCUCUGCAAUUGUUUCACUCCUCUGUUGAACGUUCUUCUCUUUUGGUUUUCUAUGUGGAUGGUGGGUGCCCUUUUUAUCUAAUAUAAAUGAUUCUGCUGAA